AUGGCCGGCGGCAACGUUGUUGAGAUCACUUCCAAGGAACAGUGGGUCUCUGAUGUCCUUAACGCUUCCGACCCCGUCCUCAUCGAGAAGCUCUCCAACGAGUACACCGGCAUCAAGUUCUUCAAGGUCGACGUCGACAAGCUCGGCGAGGUUGCUGCCGAGAACAGCAUCUCUGCCAUGCCCACCUUCCUCUUCUUCAAGGGUGGUGAGAAAAUCGAGACUGUCCGUGGCGCCAACCCUCCUGCCAUCCAGGCUGGUAUCCAGAAGCUGCUUUAG